AUGUCGCACGAAAACAAGAAACCAAAUGUGUGCGAGGCAUGUGGUGCGAAAUUCGCCCGUGCCGACGCGUUACGCCGUCAUACGAGGAAGUGCGCGGAAUUUCAACAGAUGGGUGAAGCCGCGGAGCAGAUGCGAGCACCUUCCCCCAACCGCGAUACUGCAGUAGCCGCUGUCCAGUGGUCUGGCCCAGCACCGAAGAAUACUGUCCACCAGCUCGGACAGCGCAUGGGUUCGGCAAUUGGAGAAGCAACUGUUCCUAACGGCAGCGUACUCACAGCUUCUCUUUCUCCUCAUUCUGUCCGCACAAACCCACGCUCCGUGGACGGCCAGCUCACGCACAUUGACAGCGUUGGGAGCCAUGGCCAAUCACUCACUGAACAAUCGCCUAACCGACAAUAUCCGUCAGGGAUGGUUAAUCUGGAUCUCAAUACUUCUCAGCAAUCUCCAGAUAUGCAAAGAAGGCGACAAGACCUCCAACCUUUCUCGGUGAAUGCCUUCGCCAACUCUCAUACUUAUAGUACGGGGCCGCCAGGCAUGAUGGUGGGAGAUCCAGGGAUGCCUUUGUUUGCAGAAGCGGCUGAUUUUCAGAUUUCAAGUUCGUUCCCUCCUAACAUUGAGUUGGAUGAGGACAUGGCGUUUCUGGAAGAAUUUCUUUUUCCGGAGUAUACAUUCAACCGCAAAUCGAUUCCGGCCCCAGCACCGGCCCCCGGGAUCAUCCCGGAGAAGCUUGAAGAGUCUAGUUACGUCCAUGCUCUCUUCAUCAGUCCCGAAGACGUGGCUGAAUUUGAAAAGCAUUUCAUCGAGGCGGACUCACGUCGCCAACUUACAAACUUCGUAUUCCCUAGGCAGUCACGGAUUAUACGAUGUCUCACAGCAUAUUUCGAGUACUUCGACCCCCAUGCACCGAUAAUCCAGCACGCAACCUUCAGUGUUGCAGGAGCCUCACCGGCUCUAGUGCUCGCGAUGUUGGCUUUAGGUGCUCUUUAUAUCAAAGAGCACAAGUUCGCCACACCAGCUUACGAGGCCGCAUGCAUCCUGCUUGCAGACUUUGUAGGGGAUCAAAACCCGGAGAGAAGAUCUACUUUCCAGUUCUGGCCAGUUCAAGCUUCGCUCUUAUGCGUACAGUUCGGCGCUUUCAGUGACAACGAGGUCUUUGCUCGUCGUGCUCAACAGCAGUUUGCUUGCGCCACGGAGAUGCUUCGAGACGGGUUACAGAAGAUGAAAGUCAAUGGACCGCGACAAGAAAAUGACUGGGCAAGUUGGUCACUUAACGAGACAUUCAGCCGUCUCGCGUCGUGGACUUGUGCAUUAAGCGCAACCAUCCUUGCCAAUGACCCGGCGGACAGUUAUGUUGCGCCCUACCAAUUGUUGGAAAUAUCGUUGCCCCGCAAUGAAGAAUACUGGCAGGCUCGUUCGGCUCAAGAGUGGAAUUCCGGGAAAAGCGCAGCCAUGCGGUACAAUAAUCUAGACUUCUCUAGCCUGACGAGAUCCCUGCUCCGUGGCGAAUCGAUCUCUGAAAACAUCAGCUCCUUCGGCCUGCUUUCCCUCGUCGGCUGGAUCCUUUCAUCAGUUUGUCACCAUGAAAAGCUGAUGAUGUCUAUGGGACCAAUAGACGUUUUUGGGAAUGAUUUCACAAUAAAGAUAGAGCUUGCUCUCGCCGCGUGGGAAGUCACAUUCCGGCGUUAUCUGCGGACAGACCAAUUCAUAUUCCGCCCUACCGAUCCUCUGUUAUCUGACUGUUUUCCACUCCUUGGUUCGGCAUAUUAUCAUCUCCUUGUUGGCGACCAGUUACGUACCCUGAAGGGUAUGGCGGACAGACCUGCAAGUGUGGAAGCAAGCUCUAUGACCUGGGGCACACUCCCUGCUAUCCGACCAGUAUCAUCGGUGCGCAAAGCAGUGCGCUAUGCCGCCAACUCCAUCCUUAUUCGUGCAAGGAUGGGCUUGGGUCACUAUCAAUAUAUGGGCCCUUUGAACUACGGCGGCUACGUGAUUUCGACCAUCUGUGAGUCUGCGCUCCUACUAUCCUGGUGGCUUGUAGUCGCCCAACUGUCGCCGGGUUCCGGGGUAUUGAGCGAGGGCGAAGAAGACGAGGCUGGCAACAAAUCGUUAGAAGACAUCAUUGCCGACGUCUUCACCGAGCUCGAGGACCAGGACAUUCCCUGCACCGACCCGGUGUCGCGUGUGCUUGCCCCACUUGUGUUCUCCCGGCAAACCAUACCUCGAUGCAUAUACGCCUCAACCGUCCAAUGCAUUCUAAGCGAGAAGAAACCACUCACCACAGCUUCUCAGAGCAACAUCACCCCGCUGCAACGAACGCGCUUCUCUGUGUGA